AUGUUAGAGGUUCGAAUCAGCCAUUCGGAGGAGACGGUAGCCUUCCAACCGGCAGCAGGGUAUUACGUCUGUCCCGAGGAAGACAUGGUUUGCAACAUUCGAGGGUGCACUCUGGAAGGUGGAUGCGAUAGGUUCAUGCUUAACUUCAUUCAUGUUCCUCAUGUACUGCCCAAUGUGGACGAAGAAGUCUACGUGAGUACAGGGCCGCAUGCCAGCAUUACAUUGGGCUAUGGAGACGCCGACAUGAUCAUCUGUGAUCUUGGUUGCACCUGUCAGCCUCUGGUAGAUGAUGGAUCGUGUCACUUACUAGUAGAUGAGGAUGAGGAGCUGUCAGCUACAAUAACUCCUUCGGUAUACGACACAGAAGCAGACUACUGGGCAACAACCUACGAUCCUUCCACACUGCCACCCACAGAAUUUCCAACUUGGGAACCCACCAUGGCACCCACCAUCACCCGGACACUGGCAGAGGUGCUCUAUGAAGCGUCUGGAGAUAUCAUCUACCAACCUGGCACUCCACAGUUUCAAGCAAUGCGAUGGUUGCAACGACGUGACAACUACUAUGAUUACUAUUACGAUACCACCACAACAACCACGCUGCUGCAACGAUAUGCACUGGUAGCUUUGGAUUUUGCCUUCCAUGACAAUGAUCCUAGAAGGCUGACUUGGACCGACCCCAACACGGACGAGUGCUACUGGGAUGGAGUCACCUGCGCAUACUUUGGUGGGGUAGCCCAUGUCCGGACGAUUAAUUGGGCCCGGCGAGGACUUUCCGGAUCUGUCCUUCGCGAAUUGAGUCUCCUGCCUGCAUUGGAAACUCUGGACCUUGCGCAAAACUACAUUAGUGGCUCUCUAGAUACAUUCUACAGUCUACGGUUCCUCAAGAAUCUAUACCUUUUUGAAAAUCACUUUUCGGGUAGGAUACGAAAUCGCAUUAGCCAAUUGAACCGACUGGAACGGCUCUAUCUGGGCAAGAAUGAACUAACGGGAUCCUUGCCCAUCGGGCUGUGGCAAAACAAUACUGACCGACCUCUUCAAUGGCUGAUACUACAUCACAACCAAUUGAGUGGAACAGUCCCAGAAGGCAUGAGGUUAGGUCAUUUGCGUUACUUGGACCUGUCGAACAAUGAAUUUCAAUCUACCAUUCCCAGCGACUGGCCAUCCCGAUUGAUCACUUUGAGAACACUUUACCUUGAUCAUAAUCACUUUUACGGAACUAUACCUUCGGAUUUCCCAGCAAUCGGCAAAGGUUGGCUAAAGCAACUUUAUCUGAAUGACAACGACCUGACGGGUCCUUUCCCCAGGUGGGGUGACUAUCCACAGGUACCGAUCUGGUAUCUUACAAACAUUGACAUUCGAAACAAUAGAAUCAGUCGAGUGGGAUCCAACGUUUGUAGCAUGAGUGUCUUUGAUAAAGCUGAAAUGGUAGAGCUCAGAGCAGACUGCCGAAUCUGUAACUGUCGGAGGUUGUGCGACAAUUGCGAUGACGAAAAAUGA